ACGGCAAGCUUGUCGUAAAUUGUGCGACAGUUAACGUAAACUGCGAUGACAUCAAUUUAUGGCAACGUUUUUAUGUGCAAAGGCAAUUUCACCCGAGACUUCUGACAAAGUAAAUUACUGCAGAGCUAUCCCUGGUGUUAUCUUUCCAGGUUGCUGUUAACAGGGCACGCGUUGGAUGCUAUGUAUAAAAAUGAGACAACCAAACAUCUUGAUAACAGGGACCCCUGGUGUUGGAAAAACAACUCUCGGCAAGGAGCUAGCUCAGCGGACUGGGCUCACCUAUGUUAAUAUAGGUGUUCUGGCUCAGGAAGGAGAUCUUUAUGAUGGCUAUGAUCAAGAGUACCAGUGCCCUAUUUUAGAUGAAGACAGGGUGGUGGAUGAACUUGAUGAGAAGAUGACGCAUGGAGGUGUAAUCGUAGACUAUCAUGGCUGUGACCUAUUCCCCGAACGCUGGUUUCACGUUGUUUUUGUCCUCAGAACAGACAAUACUCAUCUGUACACACGGCUCGAAUGCAGAGGCUACACAGGAAAGAAGCUGCAGGACAACAUGCAGUGUGAAAUCUUUCAGACCAUUUAUGAGGAGGCAAGUGAGGCCUACAAAAAGGAGCUUAUCCACCAGCUACCCAGCAACACUCCUGAAGACCUGGAAAGUAACUUGGAACAGAUAGUACAGUGGACUAAGCAAUGGAUAAAAGACCACAAUUAGAGCAGAGAAAAGUGCUGCCUGGAUGACUGGAAAUAAAAUGUUUGAACACAACAAGUUGUACCCAUUUUCAACCUUUUUUAUUAACCCAUUCAACCCCAAUUUAUUUCUCAAACAUCACCCCCUCCAUGACAUUGUGCGGUCCCUGAGCAGCUCCUUUAGCAGCAGACUAUUACACCCACGGUGUAGGAAGGAAAGAUUACGCAGGUCCUUCAUUCCCACUGCUGUCAGACUCUACAACAUGCGUGGCGCCUGAUAAAAUUGUGUUUCGUCUCUACCGCUA